UAAGUUACAAAUAAUUGCCUAUAUAAGGGCACACCUUCCAAGGUAAACAAGUAUAAGUUUGGAGUUGGAGGAGAACUAUAUCAUUGGCUUCUGACUCUGAGUAUCUUCUUAGCUUUUCAAGGCUUCUCUUCAAAUGGAGGAAAAGAUGAGCUUGACAGUUUACGACGCUGUUGAUUACAAGGGUUUUCCUGCUGACAAGUCCAAAACUGGUGGUUGGGUGCCCGCUGCCCUUAUUUUAGGAAUUGAGAUAUGUGAGAGGCUCUCAACAAUGGGCAUAGCUGUAAACCUUGUGACAUACCUAGGCGGGAUUCUGCAUAUUCCAAGUGCUGCUUCAGCCAAUAUUGUUACAGAUUUUAUGGGCACAUCUUUCCUCUUGUGUUUACUUGGAGGCUUUUUAGCAGACUCUUUCCUAGGCAGAUACAAGACCAUUGCAAUCUUUGCUUCAAUUCAAACUCUUGGCACUGCAACAUUAGCAUUAUCUACCAAACUGCCACAACUGCGUCCACCAGCAUGCCACUCUAUUGACAUGAGCAAUUGCAAACAGGCUAAUGGGUCUCAAAUGGGAAUCCUCUACUUGGCUCUAUACCUUGUUGCAUUAGGGACUGGUGGCCUGAAGUCCAGUGUUUCGGGAUUUGGAACUGAUCAAUUUGAUGAAAAAGAUGAGAAGGAGAAGGCACAGAUGGCCUAUUUCUUUAACAGAUUUUUCUUCUUUGUUAGCAUGGGAACUUUCAUGGCAGUUACUGUGCUUGUUUACAUACAAGAUCAAGUGGACCGAAGCUUGGGAUAUGGAGUUUGUUCCGUGUCUAUGCUAGUAGCAAUACUAAUAUUCUUAUCAGGGACUAGAAGAUACAGGUACAAGAAAAGUGUGGGGAGCCCCAUAGUUAGCAUUUUGCAGGUAGUCGUAGCUGCUAUAAAGAAGAAAAAAAUGGAACUUCCAUAUGAUAUGUCUUUGUAUGAGGAUUCUCCAGAAGCUUUGAGGAUUCAUCACACGGAUCAGUUCUGGUUCUUGGAUAAGGCAGCGAUUGUCACAGAAAGAGACUUUGAUCAUGGUUCAGUUCCAAAUCCCUGGAAGCUAUGCUCAGUGACAAGAGUAGAGGAAGUGAAAAUGAUGGUAAGACUGUUGCCAAUUUGGGCCACAACCAUCAUUUUCUGGACUGUAUAUGCUCAGAUGAUCACCUUUUCAGUUCAACAAGCGAUGACCAUGAAUAGAUUCGUAGGAAAUUUCAAGAUACCAGCAGGCUCUCUCACUGUCUUCUUCGUGGCUGCCAUAUUGAUCACACUUGCAGUUUAUGACCGCUUUGUCAUGCCACUUUGGAAGAAGUGGAAAGGAAAACCAGGCUUUACCAACUUACAAAGGAUUGCCAUAGGCCUUAUUCUGUCAGUUAUUGGAAUGGGAGUCGCAUCACUAGUCGAGAUGAAAAGGUUAUCAGUUGCAAAACACAAAGGAAGCACAACCGCGACUCUACCAAUAAGCGUCUUUUGGCUGAUCCCACAAUUUUUCUUAAUAGGGGCCGGUGAGGCCUUCAUAUACACCGGCCAGCUUGAUUUCUUCAUAACUCAGUCACCGAAAGGGAUGAAAACAAUGAGCACUGGCCUCUUUCUCACUACACUGUCACUUGGUUUUUUCCUCAGUAGUUUCCUAGUCUCUGUUGUCAAGAAAUUCACUGGGAACCACGGAAACGGAUGGCUGGCAGACAAUAUAAACCUCGGAAGGCUCGAUUUAUUCUACGGCCUAGUGGCCAUGCUUAGCCUUAUAAACUUUGUCCUGAAUCUUGUUUGUGCAAAGUGGUUCAAGGCACAUAAAACUGCUAAACCUGCUGCAUUGGAAGAAUUGAAGAUUAACGAAAAAUGUUAGCAACUUGUUAGGAUGCUUCAUUUCAAGAUUGUAUGUUAUUUUUGUUGCUUGUUUACGCGGAAACAGGACUGGAUCAUGUACAAUCUAUCUGUUCUGUUUUUCUGUGAUAUAGUGAAAGGGUUGUCAUAUUCAUUUGCCA